AUGAAGUUUCUUGCUUUGCUCCCCCUUUUCCUUCUAGUCAAUUUCUUACAUCAACCCAUGUCGGUGGUAGGAGCUGAUCUUAUAGAAGAAACUUGCAAGAAAACCAAGUAUCCUGUCCUUUGCGUGAAAACCCUAGAGUCAAAUCCAAAAGGCUCUGCUGCUGAUGCCAAAGGCCUCGUUCAUAUCAUUCUAGAAGCUAACUUGGCAAAUGCUAAAGGUACUUCGGCCAAAGUAAGCAAAAUGUUUAAGGAGGCCGGUAGUAAAGGUUUGAAGGAAUGCCUCGAUGUGUGUGCAGAGGUAUAUGACUUUGCUGCCACCGAGGAUUUUCCUACUGCGAUUCAAAGUUUAGAGAAAAAUGAUCUUGCUACAGCAAAAAUUCAUGUAAGCGCUGCUUCUGAUGCUCCAGAUAACUGUAAAGACGCAUUUUCGGAGGAUCCAAGUGUCCACACACCACCUGAUUUAGCCAGACUGAAUGAUUAUUUUGAUCAGCUUUCUAUAACAGCUCUUGAAAUGUUAAACAAUCUUGGCUGA